UGCUUAUUAACCUAAUUCAUAAAGAUGCCAGUUGUUUAAAACUCAGUUUUGUUUUAUAGGUAUUAUCCUUAUCAUUAUGCACCUUUCCUAUCUGAUAUACGCAACAUCAGUACACUGAGAAUCCAUUUUGAACUAGGAAAACCUUUUAAGCCGUUUGAACAGCUUCUUGCUGUACUUCCAGCAGCCAGCAAAAAUUUACUUCCUACAUGCUACCAGCAUUUGAUGACCAGUGAAGACUCACCAAUUAUAGAAUAUUACCCACCUGAUUUUAAAACUGACCUAAAUGGGAAACAACAGGAAUGGGAAGCUGUGGUGUUAAUCCCUUUUAUUGAUGAGAAGCGAUUAUUGGAAGCCAUGGAGACAUGUAACCACUCCCUCAAAAAAGAAGAGAGGAAAAGAAACCAACAUAGUGAGUGCCUAAUGUGCUGGUAUGAUAGAGACACAGAGUUUAUCUAUCCUUCUCCAUGGCCGGAAAAGUUCCCUGCCAUAGAACGGUGUUGUACAAGGUAUAAAAUAAUAUCGUUAGAUGCUUGGCGUGUAGACAUAAACAAAAACAAAAUAACCAGAGUUGACCAGAAGGCAUUAUAUUUCUGUGGAUUUCCUACUCUGAAACACAUCAAACACAAAUUUUUUUUGAAGAAAAGUGGCGUUCAAGUAUUCCAGCAAAGCAGUCGUGGAGAAAACAUGAUGUUGGAAAUCUUAGUGGAUGCAGAAUCAGAUGAACUU